UUGACUAAACAAUGACGUCAUGCUGCUACGUGGACCGGAAGCAACGACAUUGCUAAAGCAUCGGGCUCACCAUCCGAGAGCGACCAAAACAAUCGAAAACGAUGGAUUAUGAUGAUGAUACUUUUGCUAUGAUGACCGUGGUAGCCGACUAAUGCAGUAUUAAUAUUCUACUGACGCGAUCGGGUCUUCAUUGCAAGCUCAUGACUAAUGCUAAUCCAUACUAGCUUUAGCUAGCCUAGCUGUCAACAAAUCGAGUCUGACCAAAACAGUUUUUCAUAACAAAGCGUUGUCACGUCCGAUAAAUCGCUGAGAGCAAAUAUGCAGACCAAUUUAAAGCGACCAUGCAUUGAUCUUUGAUUUAUUCUUCAAUUCACGUAACAGUUAGGAACUAGCUUGUGGCUAAGAUGAGUUGGUUCAACGCGGCUCACCUGUCCACUUUCGCCAAACAAGCAUUAACAACUGCUCAGAAAUCAAUCGAUCGUGUUCUGGACAUUAAAGAAGAAGGCCAAUGGAGUGAUACAACUGUAAUGCCUUAUGACGAUGUGACGUUGCCUGAAAAGUUGUCAUUAAGUGGUGGUUGGGGGAUAACCCAGUGGGAAGCACCACCUGAAGAAAAGGUUUCAACUCCACCUUCCUCUGAGGCCAUAACGACUCCUGUCACCCGCACUGUUGUGGAUGAGUCUGAAAACUUUUUUAGUGCCUUCCUGCCACCUGGAGAUGGGCAAUGCGUCACCCUAUCCCAGGUAGUGUCUGUACCCCCUACUAAAUCUCAGAGACAGCCUCAGGAAAAAGAAAAUAAUAGAAAAAAUGCUGCGAUGAAGAAAGAAGUGGAGCCCCAAAAGACGGAGUCUGUUGAUUCGGAUCACGAAUGUCAGACAGGCGGUGAUGGCCAACCGCUGGAGCUUGAAUGCUCACAUCAAGACGCGAUUCUUCUCCAGCCAGUUUCUCCUCCUGAAAAUUUGGAUGACCUUACUAGCAGCCCAGAUGACGCAAAGAUCAACACAAGCAGAGAAAAACAUAACUCUGUCACCAAAGUUCCUGGCGACUCCAAUGUGGAGUGGCCAGAGAUUCAAGCGGAAUACCCAGUUGGGGAAACUCCCUCGCAUUCUCCUGAACCUUGUACAGAUUCCUCAGAAUCUAAAAACUCGAAACAUUCUGAUCCACCAGCCUCCCAAUCUUCCAAGGAUGUACAUUUGGAGCAAAAAGAUUUAAAAACAGAAGACCGGCAAAGUGACACACCUUCCCCUCCAGUUAGUGCCUUCUCUUCGGGAACAUCCACCACGAGUGACAUUGAAGUGCUGGACCAUGAGAGUGUGUUGAGUGAGAGCUCAGCUAGCUCCAGACAAGAAACCGGAGAAGCAAAAGCUAACCUUCAUUUGAUGCAUGGCUCCUUCCAGCUUCUUACUGCCUCUGCUUGUGGAGAUUUCCCUCGCCUGGACGACUACCCAAAACUCACCGAGAGUUGUGGUUCCUCCUCAGAUGCAUUUGAGCGAAUUGAUUCGUUCAGUGUGCAGUCGCUGGAUAGUCGGAGUGUCAGUGAGAUUAACUCAGAUGACGAGAUCCCGGGCAGUCGGACGCUGGCUUCCGUAACUUCGGGCGCUCUCCCUGCAGCAGAUGUUCCAUCAGAUGUAUGUGAGAAACAAGAAGAUGCAGCGGUGAAAAGUACAAAUGAGGUCAACGAGGAGAAGGAAGAGUGCUCGACCGAAAGCGAGCGGAAGGAGUAUGUCGACGAUAUGGAGGAGAGUGGACGGAGUGUGACGCCGGUGAAUUGUGAACAACUGGAACUGCUGGCUGAGCAGCAACAGGAUUCGCCGGUGCGAAAUCCCGUUGAAGAGUUCGUCACGUCACUCACUGAGGAGAUGAAAGGUGUUUCGACGGUUCAGAUGGUUGAGCUUCAAAAGGUUAUCGACGAGCUGUCGAGCCGCCUUGAGAAGCGAGAGUCUCAGCUACUGGCGGCUAGCAAGGACAAGGCGAGACUGGAGGAACAAUGUGACAACCUGCGAGAUGAAGUUCUAACACUGAAGGGGGAGAGCUCCACAGUUCAGUCCUUGAAGGAUGAAUUUACACAGCGCAUAGCAGAUACCGAGAGGAAAGCUCAGCUGGCUUGCAAAGAGAGAGAUAUUGCGAAGAAGGAAAUUAAGGGUCUGCGAGAGGAACUCGCGUCAAGACUGCACUCCAGUGUUUCGUUGGAGCUCAUCAAAGAGAAGGAGGAACAGAUCAGAGGCCUGCUGGAAGAAGGUGAAAAGUUGUCCAAGCAGCAGCUUCAGCACAGCAACAUCAUCAAGAAACUACGUGCAAAGGAGAAGGACAGUGACACAAGACUCACCAAGCAACAGAAGAAAAUUAAGGAACUGGAGGAUGAGCUCAGGCAUCUGCAGGAGGUGUUGGAGGGGAAGGAAGAAGUGGAGAAGCAGCACCGAGACACCAUCAAGAAGCUCAACUCGGCUGUGGAGCGUCAGGAGAGGGAACACAGCAGGCUGCAGACAGAUUCUGAAGAUCUGCUUGAGAAGAACAGAAGCCUCCAGGCUGCUCUGGAUAACUCCUACAAGGAGCUAGCAGAGCUUCACAAAGCUAAUGCCAGCAGAGCCAGUCAGGUGGAAGAGGCAGCUCUGAGUCGGGAGCUACAAGUCAAGGAGCUGCAAAGCUUGGCCCUCGAGAAGGCCCAGGAGGACGCUCGGAUGCAGCAAGAGGUUCUCGCCAACCAGGUGGGUGACCUGAGAGUGGCACUUCAGAGGGCGGAGCAACAGCAGGCAAGGAAAGAAGAUUAUUUGAGGGAGGAGAUCAGUGAAUUGCAGCAGAGGCUCCAAGAGGCGGAGUCAAGGAACCAGGAGCUGAGUGAAAGCGUUACGUCAGCAACGAGGCCUUUGCUACGUCAAAUUGAGAACCUGCAGGCUUCAUUGGCCGGACAAACGGCAACCUGGGAAAAAUUAGAGAAGAACAUCUCUGAUAGGCUUGUCCAAGCCCAGGCGCAACUCGCCGUUGCGGUUGAGAAGGAACGUGCAGCCACGGAAGAAUUGAUCUCCUUUAAGUGCCAGUUGGCUUCGCUUGAGUCCCAGAAUUGCCUUCUUCGCCAGGAGAAGGCCCGAUUCCUGGCACUUGUGGAGACUGAGAAGGGAAGAAGAGAGAAAUUGGAAGAUGAAAGCAGCAGGGAGCGUAUUGAGUUGGAAAAUCUGCGAGGAGAACACAGUCGCAUGCUCGAAGAAACAAAAAAAGAAAAGCUGCUGCUCACUAAUCAACUCGAGAUGGAGAAAAUGAAGGUGGAACAAGAGAAGAAAAAGUACUACUUGGCACAAGAGGCACUCAAGGAAAAGCAGAAGAGCGUAACUCAUGACCCACCAGCUUCUUCCACGCCCACACUUUCCCGCUCGAGCUCCGUAAGUGGGGCCGACAAUGCGGGUUUGCACACAUCUAUAUUUUCACAGGAUGAUUCGUUAGACCAGACAAUGGGGAACGGGAGCAUGUCUGUGUCGAUGAGCGGAACCAACUUGUAUGAAGCGGCCCGGCUGUCCGGUGGCUCCAGCGUCAUUGAAAAUAUGCAGUCUCAACUCAAACUAAGGGAAGGAGAGAUAGCACAGUUGCAGCUUGAGAUUUCUAGUCUGGAGAGGAGUCGUGCUGCAAUGGCAGAAGAGCUGGUACGGCUCACCAAUCAAAAUGACGAAAUGCAGGAGCAGGUUACAGAAAUCCCCAAGUUAAAAAUUCAGCUCAAGGAACUGGAGCAGAGGCACAACACCAUUUUACAGAUGUAUGGAGAAAAAGCUGAAGAAGCUGAAGAGCUGAAGCUGGACCUUGAAGAUGUCAAGAGCAUGUUCAAAACGCAAAUUGACGAACUGCUGAAGAACAAGAAAUAAAUCUAUUGCACUUUGAUUGUAUGUGGGAUAUUCACAAAGUCAGACUUUACACUUUAAAAAGAGAUAAAUCUUCUGUGUUAUGAAAAAUGUUUAUUAUCGUUAACUCAAUAUUCAGGUUGGUGUGUGUGAAUUUUCACUGUGUACUUUGCAUUGUACCAAUUGGUUUGAAGGAUACACUGAUUGUACAGAUAAAGAAUCAAAAACACAAUGAACAACAUACUGAAGCUUCCAAGCAUUGCAGAGAAGUCACUGAAAGGUUCAAUGAGUUUCUGACAUCAAGAAAGAAGUUUUGGAUUUAAAAAAAUAAAUAUUUGAUGCUAUUCUAACAGCUCACGGUGGCCCAACACACAAGUUACAGUACAGUGUCAUUCCCCACCUGUAAUUUUAUAAUACAUGACUCGUUUCACUCAAUCAUCUUUGCAAUCGUUUUGAGGCGGUGAAGCUUUUUACACUUGCACAAAUGCCUCCAUGUUUUCUUGUCUGAAAUAUUAAGUUGUACAGUACAUAAACAUAUUAAUAUUGUUUAAUAGCGUAGUCAUAGAAGCGUGUGCUCUAUUGUUGAGAUCUAAAAGUGUGGCAUUUAAAUUGUAUAAAUGUAUACGAAUAAAUGUGGGGAAAAAUCGUA